AUGGGUCUCUUCGACCACAAAGGCCUGCUGGGCGGGCGCAUCAGCGGCACGGCGCUGCAGACUGGAGUCUGUAUCACCGCCGCCAGCGGCUUUCUCCUCUUCGGCUAUGACCAGGGCAUUAUGAGCGGCAUCAUCACGGAGCCUAUCUUCCUCGAGACCUUCCCGCAAAUGGAGCCUAUGAACAAAUCCGGCGCCAUCCAAGCCCUCGUCGUCGCUAUCUACGAAAUCGGAUGUCUGCUCGGAUCGUUUAGCAUCGUCUGGCUAGGCGACAUCCUCGGGCGAAGGAAGUCUGUUCUUGUGGGGACUGUGAUCAUGCUCGUCGGAACUGCGAUCCAGGCGUCUUCGUACGGGAUGGCGCAGUUGAUCGUGGGUCGCAUCGUGACGGGCGUUGGGAACGGCAUGAAUACUUCUUCGAUCCCCGUGUGGCAGGCUGAGAUGGCGCCGCCGAAGAUCAGAGGGUUUUUGGUGCUGUUUGAGGGGGCUUUGAUUACGGGAGGAAUUGCUUUAUCGUACUGGAUCAACUACGGUUUCUGGUUCAUCACACAGUACGGCUCCGUGCAAUGGCGGGUCCCCAUCGCCCUGCAAGCAGCCUUCGGCAUCAUGCUCAUCAUCGGCGUCCUGCUCUACCCAGAGUCUCCGCGAUGGCUUAUCAAGAAGGGCAAGCAAGAGGAUGCCGACGAGGCGAGGAAAGUCCUCGCUGUUCUCGAGAACAAAGACUUCGAGGACCCAAGCCUGAUUGCAGACAUUGAGGAAAUGCAGCGCGUCAAUGCUAUCACCGAAUCGACACCGUUGACGGCCAAGGAGAUGCUAAGCAAUGGCAAGGAGAUGAACCUUUGGAGAUUGACCGUUGCUUGUCUAUCACAGGCGUUUCAACAGCUCGGGGGAUUGAACCUGGUUACCUACUACGCAACCACCGUAUUCGAGGACAGCCUAGGCUUCGACGCAGAACUGUCCAGGCUCAUGACCGGCUGUCUGGGCACCGAGUUCUUCAUCGCGGCACUCGUUGCCCUAGUCGUUGUCGAUCGAUUGGGACGACGAAAACUCAUGCUCUGGGGCGCCGUGGGCAUGGGGACGUGCUUGCUCAUCGUGGGAGCAUGUUUAUCCCAAGCGACUGCAGAGUACAAGGCUCCAGCAUAUGCCGCAACGGUCUUCAUCUUCAUUUAUAAUACUUGCUUUGCAAUCGGAUGGCUUGGAGUAACGUGGUUGUAUCCGGCAGAAGUGACACCCAUCCGCAUUCGUGCUGAGGCGAACGGCUUCUCGACUUGCUCAAACUGGCUCAUCAACUACGGCGUCGUCCAGCUGGCCCCUAUCAUGAUCAACAAGAUCUCCUGGCAGACCUACUUCGUCUUCAUGUGCUUCAACUACAUGCACGUCCCCAUCGUCUUCUGGUUCUUCCCCGAAACCAACGGCUACAAACUCGAAGCCAUGGAUGCCAUCUUCGAGAAAGCCCACGAGAAAGGCGAGAACCCCGUCUGGACGGAGCGGAAGUUCCGAAAGGGGAAGGAGGAGAUCGAUCUCGAGAAGCAUGAGCAUCGUGGCGCUGGCGAGGAUAGUGAUCCGGAGGGGGCGUUGAGGGGCGCGGAGAUUGAGAAGGAGGAGAUGGCGAAUGAUGAGGGGGUGCAUACUGGGAGUGUGCAUUAA